AUGGUGGUUUUAGUGAUGCUGCUGCUGGUACUACAUCCUCAUAAGUCAUGCAAAGCUCACAUUGUGAAAUGCAGGAUCCAGUAUCCACACCAACCACUUCAUACAUAUCAUAAGUCGGGAGAUUUCGUCAUUGGUGUCAUUGCUGCUCACGGUGGCUUCUUCUCCAGUUCACCAACCUUUGCUGAAGAACCCCCACCUCCAUUGCCUGAAGAGCUUGUGGUGGCGCCUAAGGGUUACCAGCUCAUCCUGGCCUUGGCAUUUGCAGUCAAGGAGAUCAAUGAAAACCCAAGGAUCUUACCCAAUCACACAUUUGGAUUCCACAUCUACGAUAGCUAUGACAAUGCAGAGAAGACAUAUCAUGCCACAAUGUUACUUUUAUCCACACUGGAGAAAUUUGUCCCCAACUAUAUAUGUGACACCCAGAAUAAUCUGACCGCUGUCAUUGCGGGACUUGACUCUGAAAUCUCCCUUCAUGUAGCAACUAUCUUGCAUAUCUUUAAGAUUCCACAGCUCAUAUAUGGACCUUCUCCAGUGAUGAAUGAUAAAACAACAGGCCUUUCUUUCUACCAAGUGGCCCCACCAGAAACAGUCCAGUUUGAAGGGAUUCUUUCUUUACUUCUGCAUUUCAGGUGGACAUGGAUUGGGGUCAUUGUGAUGGAUAAUGACAAUGGAGAAAGAUUUGUGCAAACUGUUUUUCCAAUGUUUUCCAAAAGUGGUGUCUGUUUUGCCUUUCUAGAAAGAAUCCCCAAAUAUAAGUUUGCCUCUGAAAGUUAUGACAUGGUACAAAAGGGGGCUAAAAUACUUGAUAAAAUGGUGGGCAGCAAAGCUAACGUAGUGGUGGUCUAUGGAGAAUCUUAUUCCAUGGUAUUUUUUAGAUGGCUUCCAUUUCUACAGGGCACAGCAAAGAUAAGAGGUAAAGUAUGGAUAAUAACAACUCAUACUGAGUACAUUUCAUUUGCCUUUCAACGGAAUUGGGAUCCAGAAAUGUUCCAUGGUGCCAUAUCCUUCAAAAUUCCCUUUAGUGACCUACCAGGAUUUCGUCAUUAUAUUGAGGGCAGAAACCCUUCAAGCAUAGAAGGUGAUGGUUUCAUCAGGGACUUCUGGCAACAGGCCUUUGGCUGUGUCUUCCCAAAUCCCAUUGCAAACAAGGUGGAGGAGAGUAUGUGCACUGAGGAAGAGAAGCUGGAGGAUCUUCCAGGGGCUUUUUUUGAAAUGAAUAUGACUGGUCACAGCUACAACAUCUACAAAGCUGCCUAUGCUGUGGCCCAUGCUUUACAUGCCAUGUCCUCAUCCAAGCUUAGACACAGAGGAAUGGUUCACAGGAGGAGACUGAAGAACCAGAAGCAACAGUUCUGGCAGCUCCAUCACUUUCUCAGAAGUGUCUCAUUUAACAAUAGUGCAGGGGACAAGGUCUCCUUCAACCAGAAUGGAGAGAUGGUAACCAGCUUGGAUGUCAUCAACUGGAUUAUUUCCUCCAACCAGUCCUUCCAUAGAGUAAGAAUUGGAAAGAUGAAUCCCCAGGCACCUCCAGGCCAAGCAUUAACUAUUGAUGAAGAUGCCAUAACAUGGCCCAGCUGGUUUAACCAGACUCAGCCUCUUUCUGUCUGCACUGAGAGUUGCCAUCCAGGAUCAAGCAAAAAAGUGAAGGAGGGGGAGCCAUCUUGCUGCUAUGAUUGCUUCCCAUGUCCCGAAGGGAAGUUUUCAAACCAAGAGGAUAUGAAUGACUGUAAUAAAUGCUCAGAUGAAGACUAUCCAAGCAAGAACAGGGAUGCAUGUAUUCCUAAAGAAAGGAGCUUCUUGUCUUUUGAAGAACCUUUAGGCAUCAGUUUAGUCUGUUUUUCUCUUUCCUUUUCUUUGAUCACAGCUCUGGUGCUGGGAAUAUUUAUGAAGCACCAUAACACUCCCAUUGUCAAAGCCAAUAACAGGAAUCUCACCUACACUCUCCUCCUCGCCCUCCUACUCUGCUUCCUUUCUGCAUUGUUAUUCAUCGGACAGCCUGAGAAGGCGACCUGUCUCCUCCGACAAACUGCUUUUGGGAUCGUCUUCUCAGUGGCUGUUUCUUGUGUAUUAGCUAAAACCAUUACAGUGGUUGUGGCUUUCUUGGCCACCAAACCAGGAUCUGGUAUGAGAAAAUGGAUGGGGAAAAGGCUGGCUAACUCCAUUAUCCUUUCCUGCUCCAUUAUUCAAGCAGGAAUUUGUACUUUGUGGCUAGCAACCUCUCCCCCAUUCCCAGAUGCUGACAUGCACUCAGUGAUUGAAGAAAUGAUACUGGAAUGUAAUGAGGGGUCUGUGUUUAUGUUUUAUUGUGUCUUAGGGUAUAUGGGCUUUCUGGCUAUUAUCAGUUUCAUGGUGGCUUUCUUUGCUAGGAAGUUACCUGACAGUUUCAAUGAAGCCAAGUUUAUCACUUUCAGCAUGUUGGCCUUUUUCAGUGUUUGGCUAUCCUUCAUUCCAUCCUAUCUGAGCACCAAGGGGAAAUACAUGGUUGCUGUGGAGAUCUUCUCUAUCUUAGCUUCUAGUGCUGGGCUGCUGGGUUGCAUCUUUUCCUCUAAAUGUUAUAUUAUUGUAUUGAGGCCUGGGCUGAACCAGAAGGAUCAGCUAAUAAGAAGGAAAAUCUGA